GUCAGAUGCAACAACUUUGCAGCUGGGAGAUCAUCUGGAUCGGGAUAAUGACGAGCUACAGGCUAUCGAAGAUGGAGAAGCCGCCAAGGAAGCUGAGAUCCUGCCGGCAGCAGAUGUCAUCCCUGCCCCUAUCUUUCUCUUGACCCCCUCACCUAAGAAGGAGCGGGAGCAGCUUGUCAGUCCCCCACCGGAGGUGCCCAAAGCUAUCCCAAGUUCAUGGAACAGCCCUGUUGCGGCGGGGCCUGCACGAACCCCGACGACUGUCCACUUCUCGCCUCUUGAUGCUGACGGCAAGCCCUUGAAUAGACCCAGCCCGCCCUCUGCUGUAUCUUUAGAGUUGGAUGGUGAGCCAUUGUCAGAACCAGCAGCAUCCCCACCAAAGCCGGUCCUCACCCACCAGCAGCAGGUGACCCUCCGCAUAAUGAAGCGUCCUGCUGCAAAGGGCGCUGUGGGAAGGGGAAAGGGUGCUGCAGGCAAAGGCAGAGGACCAAGCAACCAGAUCACCGAGGAGGUUGAGGAACCCCGAGCUACUUUGGAUGCUUCCCCAGUUGCCGACGACGCCAAGGAUGCUAAACCCAAGUGUACUGCGAAAGGGAAGGCCAAGGCUAAGGCCAAGCCAGUGCAGCCAGAACAGGAGGAAGGAUUGACCGGUAGAAGCUCGAAGGGGAGGGGAAAGAAGGACUCUGCCCCUUCGCAGGAGAAGGAAGGACAGGGUAAGCAGGGGAAAGGGAUGGGAAAGAAGGGGCAGAAGCCUUCAACGCAUACAGCUGAAGAGCCAAAGCCUGUGGACAACAAGAGAAGGAAGACCCAAUCCGAAGAGCCUGAUUCUGCAUUGCCCAUGUCAGAGCCAUCGGCCCCAUCGAAUCCAGCAAAGCAGGGACGGAAAACACAAGGCGAUGAGAGCAAUCACAAGCGCAAGCAUCAGAACAAGCGGGGUGAGAAUGAGCAAGGAGAGAAAGGUGGAGAGGAAGGUGGAGAGGAAGGUGGAGAGGAAGCAGCUACCACGACGGUCGCCAACGUCCAGCUUGUCACAGACAAGGAGAAAGCAAAGCUGAAGCUGCUAAUCGAAAACACCGAAUACUACCGGCUGGAGGUGUAUUGGAAGGGGUCUGCCCCAAAGGUGGGAAUCAGGAACAGGGCGACUGGCAAAAGUUGCUUCACAUACAGCUUCGUCUCCUUCACCAUCCUCAUUCAUCUGGCCAAUGAAGUUGCAUGGUUCUUGGAGAACCAUGGAGAGGACAAUUGGCAGGCUACGGCUACCUUUGCACAGCAGGCCAUGGGUCGCCUUCUAGACGAGUUUGAUAUCCAGCUCAAGGCUAAGAAACCGCUGGUUUAA